UCUAAGUCGGUAAAUAAAAAUUAAAAAAAAAAACCAAUAAAUUCUAAAAACACCGCGUAUUUUCAACUGAUCAUCAAAUUGAACUUUUUCUCCGACCCCCGUCAAAUCUGCUUCCAUUGCCUCUCCGCCCCGUCUCCGUCUGAUCUGGAGGAGCGUUUCUUGGCCCUUCCUUUAGAACUCGAAUCGAUCGAAAAAGGCUGAUAUGUCUUCACUUGCGGCUGCCAGAGCAGACAACUUUUACUACCCCCCAGAAUGGACGCCAAAACAGGGUUCUUUGAACAAGUUUCAUGGUCAACAUGCUUUGAGAGAGAGAGCAAGAAAAUUAGACCAGGGAAUUUUGAUUAUAAGGUUCGAAAUGCCUUACAAUAUUUGGUGUGGUGGAUGCAAUUCUAUGAUUGCGAAGGGUGUGAGGUUCAAUGCAGAGAAAAAGCAAGUGGGGAAUUAUUAUUCCACAAAGAUAUGGAGCUUUACCAUGAAGUCUGCCUGCUGCAAGCAUGAGAUAGUUAUUCAGACCGACCCCAAAAAUUGUGAGUAUGUAAUUAUCAGUGGGGCCCAGAAAAAGACUGAGGAGUAUGACAUUGAGGAUGCAGAAACCUUCGAACUUCCUGCUGAUGAAGAAAGAGGUAAGCUUGCAGAUCCCUUUUACCGUCUUGAACAUCAGGAAGUAGAUUUACAGAAGAAGAAAGAAGCUGAGCCGGUUAUAGUGCGCCUUCAGCGGGUAUCUGAUGCUAGGCAUCAAGAUGAUUAUGCCCUCAACAAAGCUCUUCGGUCCCAACUUAGGAAUCAAAAGAAAAGAGUUGCUGAAGAAGAGGAUGCUUCCAGGAGAAAGGGCAUUGGCAUACGACUGCUUCCAGCGGCUGAAGAAGAUACUGCUGCUGCAGCACGUGUGAAGUUCUCCUCCAAGUUCGAUAGGAACAGAAAGGAUAAGCGGGCAUUAAUUAAUGCUUCUUCUAUCUUUUCUGGGCCUUCCGGUUCUUCCAUGUCCGGUACAAAAAGGCUUGAUCUAGAGGCCAAGAGAAGAAAAAUUAAGGCAGCCACAGCAUCUAAUUUACUGGUAGGGGGUUUUAAACCGUCUUCGUUGUCACAGGGUGCUGUUUCUUCUAGCAGGCGUAGGACUUAAAAGCGUCUAUCAGGCAUAUUUUUAAAAGGGGCAACUUUGAGGUAGUUGAUAUGGAUUCUGCUGUUGUUUUAGGGCUUUACUCAAAUUGGCACUGAAAUUUUUAUGUACAUAUAUAUGCAAUGCUGUGGUGAGAUUUCAAAUGUCAGUGAGAUUGGCUUCUGUAUUCGAUUGCUGUUUGCAUAUAUAGAAAUUGCAAUGGAGGAUGGUUUCUGUAAUGGUUUCAAAAACUUAAUCUGUCCAGUUAUUGUGUUAGACAA